UCAGACUGUUCCAGGUGUGCUUAGUGGAAUGUAACACAGCUUGCUGCUCUGCUUUCUCUGAACUCUGAAUUUUCGUCUUGAUACUGAUCUUCAGCUGUUGCUUUUCCUUUGUAUCUAGGUAGGUUUAAAUUUCCAUUUCCAUUUUAGUCAUUUAGCAGACGCUCUUAUCCAGAGUGACUUACAGUUAGUGAGUGCAUACAUUUUUCAUACUGGCCCCCCGUGGGAAACGAACCAACAACCCUGGCGUUGCAAGCGUCAUGCUCUACCAACUGAGUUACAGGGGACUACAGAUGCCUUUUGUUUGUUCUGAACUAUUUAUGAUACUUUUGUAGAGAUUACCGCAAAGUGAAAUUCAGAAACUUGUUUUUAUGUCAUGGCAACAGUUUCAAGAGUUAAAUGCAUGUACAUGGACUGUCAACCUCCAGUACUUAUUCUGUUUUAUACAUAUCUGUCAUUUAAAAUCAUUUUUUUCUCCACCACCUAAAGGAUCGGCAGCCUACAGACUAAGCCAUGACCCAAAGCAGCAUGCCCCGUGAGGAGGCCUACACUGCCCUGAUGAGGGGGGUCAAGGAGCUGGACAUCAGCGAGCCAAACGUACCAAGCGACUUAGUUCUGAUCGGCGACCAAGCCUUCCCACUGGCCAUGAACGCCCGUGGCCAGGUCCUGAUGGCUGCUUCAUUCUACGGCCGAGGCCGAGUGGUGGUGCUGGGCCACGAGGGCUACCUCACCGCCUUUCCUGCCCUGGUGGAGAAUGCCCUGACCUGGUUGACAGACUCCUCCUGUGACAGCACUACCGUGGGCGUCCACCAGAGCUGUAAGGCCGUGGCCGACAACCUGAGCUACUCCAGCCUCAAACCCAAGGUGGGGGGCUUCUGCGAGGGCCUGGGAGUGUAUGUGACUGAUGCAUACUGCGUGGGCCCAGAGGUGAAUGAGCUGGUGGGCUUCCUGAAGGCAGGGGGCGGGCUGCUGAUGGCUGGCCAGGCGUGGAGCUGGGCGGAGGAACACCCCAAACAGAACACCCUGCUUGGUUUCCCUGGGAACAAGGUGUCCAGCGUGGCUGGCAUCUACUUCUCGGAGCACCUUGGGGAGCUGGGUACCCUCCCUGUGCCUCCACAGAUCCCUUCCAGCUGGCUGACUGUGGCGUAAGUAUUGGACACUUCAUAGAGAGAAGAGGAGGCGACGGUGGCAUAUUUAAGCAAUAAGGCCAGAGGAGGUGUGGUAUAUGGCCAAUUUACCAUGGCUAAGGGCUGUUCUUAAGCAUGACGCAACGCGUAUAUCGCCAUAUAUCACAAACCCCCGAGGUGCCUUAUUGCUAUUAUAAACUGGUUACCAAUGUAAAUAGAGCAGUAAAAAUAAAUGUUUUGUCAUACCGGGAUAUACAGUCUGAUAUACCACAGCUGUCAGCCAACACAGCUACUGUAGUAAAACGGAAAUGUAUACAUGGUGGUAUUUUGUGCCUAAUAUCACCUCCUAUAACCAGGUAAAAAAAAAGAGUCUUUAUUUAACUCUAGAAAUCACAUGGUUAAAUAAAUGUUUAUUUGAGCUAUUUUUAUGUGUCUAAGUUCUCUUGUCAAAUCAUACCUACCCUUUCACUCUCUUCUUUCCCUAGGAUAGGCAAGGACUUCAAGGAUGACUUGGAGUUCCUGCUGGAGGGUGUGACUGAGUUUGAUAUGCAGGGCGGGGCUAUUUGCUCAGAGGUGCUGGUACACGGCCCUCUGGCAUUCCCCAUCGGCACCACACAGGACGGCAGGGCCUUUCUGGCUGGGGCAUACUACGGCCAGGGCCGAGUCAUUGUGGUUUCCCACGAGGGAUACUUGGGCCGAGAGCAGAUGUCCCCCUUCAUGCUCAAUGCCGUGCGCUGGUUAGACGAGGGUCGCAACGGCUUGGUAGGCGUCCUGCCCCAUCUCGGCCACGCCCACACCCUACUGAGCAAGUCGGGCCUGCCCUGUGAGAAGAGCGGCUUCAGGAAGGAGCUCAGUGUCUACGUCUGCACCUCCUACAGCGACGCCCAGGCCGACGAAAUCCAGGACUUUGUGGCUGAGGGCGGAGGCCUGCUGAUCGGGGGCCACGCCUGGUAUUGGGCCCAGUCCAACCCGGGCCAGAACGCCAUGACAGGGUAUGCAGGCAACCACAUCCUCAACAAGAUGGGCCUCAGCCUGUUGGGGAACACUCUGGGCGCAGGCUGCUACAAGGCCCCAGUCCCGGGUCAGACCUGCUCUGAGGGCUUCCACUUCCGCCACCUGCUGCACCGCUUUGCUUGUCACGUGACCCAGGGUGAGACGCUGACGGAUCUUGAGGAGGCAGGUCUGAAGAAGCUUGGCGGCGACUGCGCCAAUUACCUGCACAUGCAGGCACACGACUGUGCCUCGUACACCUCGGUGGUGACCAUGCUCACUGACGUGCUGAAGGAGACGGGCAUCCCCCAGGUGUGCCACAGCUGCCCGGUGAUAAGCCCCAAGGACCACCUGCUGCUCAGUGUGGGCGCGGAGGUGUACAAGGUGUGCCAGGACCCAGACGCCCUACUGCCUUACCUGAUCAAGGACCAGCCCAUGAUGCCUUCCUUGUCCAAUUCCAGGGUCAGGAUCAACUGUAAUACAGCAGGUUAGUUAGCUCUCAUUUUCUCUUAUGGGAAUGUACUCUAAAAUUGGGGUAUAAUGGGUCAAAUGGAGAUGGUUUAGUCAUGGGAACCAAUAUGAAACACACCAGGAGUAAUGGCUUAGCUAAAAUGGGUGCGAGAAAAUACUUUUCGCCAUAGCUAUUCUGCUUAUGCGCAAGUUCAUUGGUUAGUGUGGGAAUAUAUGUUUCUAACCAUACACUCACUAUUCUAUACAGUUAUGUUUGAAUAUAACCACUACUGAACAUUGUGUCUUAGGAGGAGAGGAGUGGCUCAGCACUGGUCUGUACCUUUCCCCUGGGAUGAGGACCUACAUGGCCAUGCCACCAGAAAUCGUCAACCAGGGCUGGAAGGUAUCCAAUACUGCAUUUUAUUUUGUCUUAUAAUUCUAAAAUCUAUUGAAUCAAAUCAUGUUUUAUUUGUUUUGAGAUCAAGCCCUUUACAUGUUGAUAUAAAAGCACUGUUGAUUGAUUGACUGAUUGACUGACUGAUGCCCCUGUUACCAUCAGGUCCAGAUAGGCUGUCAGACUGACAACAUUGGGAAUGCGAACGAGCUGAGGCGAGCACCAGUGGUUCAUGAGCGCUUCCCCAUAGACUCAGACAUGAUGCAGGUGUGGAACCUGUGGGGCGGUCUCCUCUAUCUCAUCGCCCCUCCUAAGACCCAGGUGGAGGGGGUGGAGGUCAUCAUUCAGGGGGCUGUGCCAGCCCCCUACUACAAGACUGGUAAGUGGGGGGGAGAGGGAGGUGGGUGUCUACGAUGCAUUUUACACUUUGGUCUUAUAAUGCAUCCAAGUGAUGUAUUAUAAGGGUGUUGCAACUAUGAGUCGUUAUAACUCAUGACUUGUUAUGACCGCUUAUAGCAAGUGUUAAAAUGCACUAUAAGUAUGCCAUUAUUAUAAUUGAUGUGUGUGCCUCCAUAGAAAGUGUUACAGAGAGGGUAUUUCAAUGAGACUAACCUGGAUAAAUACCAGAUGAAUAAAAGAUAACGUAAAGUACAUACACAAUAAAGAGAACCAAGUACGUUCCUCCAUCCAGUCCCCUCAUUUACAGUCUGUCUGGAAUCCUUUUCACUUCAUCCAGGCAGAAUAUUUCACAUCUUUUAACCUCUUUUUGUACCCAAUUUCUUGUAAAUGAAUGGAAGCUUUGUUCUUUUCCCGGAGUUGUAUUAAUGUAUUCUGAUCUGCUAUUCAUGUAUUCUUAAUACAUAAAAAAGUUGCUCGCUGUUGCCGUUUUGAAUGUAUGAUGAUGGCUACCACAGAUUAAAGAGAAAAUGACACAGCCUUUGUUCUGCAUGAAACCUCUGUAGAAUACACUAAGCUUAGAACAGCUAUGCUCUCAGAUAGACUGUUUAAUUGCAGCUGUGUUACUAAAACUGAAAUUCCUGCUGUUAUGAGAAUUGAUUUGCAAUGUGCUACUCAUCAUUGUGGUGGGAAGUCACACUGUACCAAAUGUUUGUCUGGUAAUAGUCAUCAUGAAGGCCAUUUAAUGCAUGUUGUUCACCUAUGCUAGGCUGAUGGGUUUCCUCUAAUUGGCUUACCAAGCUGAGAUUUAAUGAAUUGAUUGAUCAUAAAGAUGCACACAGCCUGGGUCAUAAUACUUCAGUAAUUAUUAUAAUAAUAAUAAAUUCAGUCAAAUGAUCCAGGAUUUUCCUCCAACCCUUGCCUCUCUUCUCUCUCUAGGGGUGACCACACCUGCAGACUGGGCAGUUCUGCGGACCGCCCCUUCCCCCUGGGCAGAGAUGGAGUUUGAGAACAUCAUCCUGACCGUCCACUCUGACGUGGUCCGAGGUCUGGAUCGGCCUGACCUGGUGGCAGCGCUCUGGGAUGACAUCAUGAGGGGGAUAGCUGACCUGGCCGCCAUCCCUGCCAAGUUCCCCCGCAAGGAGCGCUUUGUGGCCGACGUCCAGAUUUCCCAUGGUCAGCAUCUGUCCCUCUUUAUUUCUUAGCAUGGACAAACAUUCAUGACUGGAAUUGACUCUGGUAGGGGACUAGGGAUUGUGUAAUUGCUGGAUAUGAACAGGAAAAGGAGAUCUGAAAAGACAUUGACCCAAAUAUUUCAAAAAUGUAUUUUGAGUCAGGUAGGACAGUACCUAUACAGUUUCUAAGUGAGUUGUUGUGCUGUAGAAAAAUGUGCACAGCUUCCGCCCUGCCAGUAUCCAGACAUUGAUCUGACCCUCUCCUCCCUCUCUCCCUUCCACCCCUACAGGCUUCAUGCAUGCAGGCUACCCUAUCAUGAUACAAUCCUCCUCCGCCCCAGACCUGAUGAACCCUGCGGCAGCCCGCAGCUCGGGCCUGUGGGGAGCCAUCCACGAGCUGGGCCACAACCAGCAGAGAGGAGUCUGGGAGUUCCCCUCGCACACCACUGAGUGCACGUGUAACCUGUGGUCCGUGUACGUGCACGAGGAGGUGUUGGGGGUGAAACGGGAUCAGGCCCACCCCAACAUGACGCUGGCCAAACGGCAGAGCCGUGCCGAGGGGUAUGCUAAAGGGGGCAGGAAUCUGGCCAGCUGGGACAUGUGGGUGGCACUGGAGACCUACAUGCAGGUGACAGGAGACUCAAGUGACAUAUACUGUAUAGUACACUCUGCUGCAGAGUAUGUUGUGUACAAACCCUACAAUUAGUGCUUGUGAAAGACUGAUAGGAAAGUAUAGAUACUACAGUAAAACAUCUGCACCAAACUUUGUAACUUAAAAAAAGUAACGUUAUCUAUGGUUGAGUAAACGGUUUCUCUUCGUCAUCCUCCUUCCCACCAGCUCCAGGACCAGUUUGGCUGGGACGCCUUCAAGAAGGUGUUUGCUGCCUACCACACCAUGCAGAACGUGCCCAAUGACAACAAGGGCAAGAUGAACCUGUAUGCUGAGACCUUCUCCCUUACGGUCGAGAGGAACCUGGCUCCAUUCUUCAAGGCCUGGGGCUGGCCCAUUGAGCCCGCUACAGAGGAAAAGCUCUCUAACCUGCCGGUGUGGAAUGACCACCCCAUGGCCCAGUAUGGCUGACCUAUAGAGGAGGUCACCCCCUUAUAUUGGGGGUCACAGGUCAGGGAUUGCUGGUGAAGGGUAGGUACCGUUUGGUGAUGGGUAAUGGAGUGGUGACUAGGGCUUUGCAGGCCUGUUGUAGAAAUGCUACUGCAAGAAUCAUGGUUGCGUCUGUUGUGCAAAUGAAUAAAGAAUUGUAACGGUUUCUGAAGUCAUCACAAAGGGCUGGCUGAGGAGAUUGGGGGUCUAUUGUUGGCUAUAAAUGCAACUGUAUAUUCUAGUGCACUUCAGAAGAGUCCUCGCAAGUGCCUUAUUCAUCAGAAGUCGGAUGUUUUACAGGGUCUAUUUCAAUCCAAAUGUAGUUAUGUGAACAGUAAGGCAUCUUAUCCUGAAGUUUCAUGUGUUUCUGAAACUGUAUACAAAGCUAAGGAAAUGUACCUCUUGUUAGAUACUUUAUAUUAUUCUCACUUAUUCCUAGAAAGCACAUAAUAAAGAAUAAUAAAAUGUUUA